UCAAAUCGUUUCCUUAAUUCUUCCCUUUCCUCACGGAAAAAUAUGCCGUCGUCGAUUCAAUUCUACCGCUUCCCCGCCGCCGCCGUUAACCCGAAGACCCACUUCCUUCCGCCGCCGUGCGCGGCUGUCGACAACAAGCAUGCAGUGGCUUCCGACCAGUGCACCUCCGUCGUCGUCCAGACCAUCGACGCUCCGGUCGCCGUCGUUUGGUCGUUGGUCCGCCGAUUUGACAACCCCCAAGCCUACAAGCGCUUCCUCAAGAGCUGCCGGAUCGUCGACGGCGACGGCGCUACCGUCGGGACGGUCCGUGAGGUGAACGUGGUGUCCGGUUUGCCGGCGCUGUGGAGUAGAGAGCGGUUGGAGAUUAUGGACGACGAAAAUCACGUGAUUAGCUUCAGCGUCGUGGGUGGGGACCACAGGCUGAAGAAUUACCGGUCGAUGACGAGCGUCCACGUGUCGCCGAGUGGCGGCGGAACGGUGGUGGUGGAGUCGUACAUGGUGGACGUGCCGCCGGGAAACACGAAAGAGGAGACGUGCGUGUUCGUAAAUACCAUUUUGCGGUGCAAUUUACAGUCGCUGGCUCGAUUAUCAGAGAGCAUUGCAAAAACAGAAACGAAAAACAAUUAAUUUUUUUUAUUAUCUAUACCAUUUUAGGCAUACUGUGGAUAUUCAAACGCUAAACUUUUUUUUUGGUGGGAAGAAACCGACUUUAACUUGCAUUCAGGCGUAGUAUUUUAUUUUAUUUUUAAUGGUAGCUUUGAUGUUUAGCAACUGUAAGGGCUUUCUGAAAUUCCUGGAAACUUUGUGCCCUUUUUCCUUUUCCUCCUUAUCUAUUUGGGAAGGUUUUGAGCAUUCAGGAGGUAAAAAUGUAAAUCCAUAUACGUCUUCUUUUUUUG